AUGUUAAAAUCAGAAUUGGAAGUGAUCCAACAAAGGCUUCUUAAUAGACUACUAAAUCUGAACAAGUCAAAAAUUGAUAUUUUAGUUACAUUAUUAGAACAGCUAGAUUAUCAAAUAACAUUAUUUGACAAACUUGGAUAUUGCGAUUAUGACGUUUCAUACGUUAUAUCAACACUAAUACUAAAUUAUUUUAAUCAAAUCAAGUCAAAAAUAAAGAGUCGAGAUGUUGAUCUAUAUAACAAUUUUCAAAAAACUAUAAUUGAAAAAGUUGAAAAUGGUUUCAAAUUGAAAAAUUCAAUAAAAGGAUAUAAAAUUCAAGUUACGCCACAAGAGUUGCAAAAAUUAAAUAAUGUAUUAGUUAUAGAUUAUAGACCCAGAGAAUUAUACCAGAGACAGCAUCUAAAGAAUUCAAUAAAUAUAGAUCCAGUUAUAAUGGAGAAUGUAACGAAUGAUGAAGAAUUAGAGGAUAAAUUUCCCAGAACCCCUCAUAAACAAUUUCAAAUGUUUCAAGAAAGACAUAAAUUUGAUAAUAUAGUGAUUUAUGAUCAGAAUUCAGGAAGUGGGAGAUUUAAUGAUAUACCUGGUAAAAAUCCAUUUAAAAAAUUGAUAGAUAUUUUAAUGUUUCAAAAUAAAUAUCUUAGUUCACGAUUAAAAACUGUACCAAGUUAUUUAUCAGGUGGGAUUGACGAUUGGGUCAAAUGUGGAGGCAAAACUAUAAGUGGAGUAGAAGAUGAAUAUUUAGUAAAUUCCAGAACAAGUUCUUUAAGUUCACUACUGACAAACCUGCUCAAUGGUUCUUAUUCAAAUGGCAAAUUAGGCAAUGGAAAUCAUUCACUUACGACGAUUUCAUCAAAUUCAUUAUAUCAAUCUCCACAAUCUCAACCACCAAUUUCCCAACCUCCGCUUUUACCAAAUAAAAUUAAUUCCAUAACUCCCGCCAACACUCAAGCUCAACAUAAACCACAACUACGAUCUUUAAUUCAACCACCACCUUCAUCUUCCACAAUAUCAACUAAUAAAUCAUCCACCAAUUCAAACGGUUCAAAUCCAUCGCAAAUUGAUUUCAAAACUGGGUUGGUCAAUUUAGGUAAUUCUUGUUAUAUGAAUUGUAUGAUUCAAUGUCUUGUGUCAACACCAUUAACACCAUUUUUUUUUACAUCAUAUAAACAACAUAUAAACUACAAGAAUAUAUUAGGAACAAAAGGUCAAGUUACAGAAGCAUUUGCUGAUCUUAUGCUCAACAUGUUAAAAAACAAGAAUGGGGUUUAUAAUCCCACAAGGUUUAAAAAAACAAUGGGACAAUUUUCACAACAAUUUAAAAGUUGUGAUCAACAAGAUUGUAUUGAAUUUUUAAAUUUUUUACUUGAUGGAAUUCAUGAAGAUUUAAAUCAAAUGGCUAUACUAGAUGCUAAAGAAAAACAAAAAAUUACUGAAUUAACACCAGAACAAGAGAAAAGUAGAGAAAUAUUACCAAUAAGACAAGCAUCAACAAUUGAAUGGGAAAGAUACCUUAAAUUAAAUUUUUCAAUUGUAGUUGAUCAAUUCCAAGGUCAAUAUUUAUCAAGAUUGAAAUGUUUAACGUGUAAAUUUACAUCAACUUCAUAUAAUGCUUUUUCAAUAUUAUCUAUACCUGUCCCCAAUAAAGAAAAAGUAAAUUUACAAAAUUGUAUUGAUGAAUUUUUAACAACUGAAUUAUUAGAUGAUAAUAAUAAAUGGUUUUGUCCAGAAUGUAAAACUCAUAGAAAAUCUACCAAAAAAAUUGAAAUUACAAGAUUACCUCAAGUACUUAUAAUAAAUUUUAAAAGAUUUAAAAUUCAAUUAAAUUCUAUCAAAAAAUUAGAAACUUAUGUAACUUAUCCAGUAGAUGAAGUUUUAGAUUUAACUAAUUAUUGGCCAACAGAUGGAAUGAAUGAAUUAGGUUCUUUACCUAUAAGAAAUCAAAUCCCACCUUUUAAAUAUAAAUUAUUUGGAGUUGCUAAUCAUUUUGGUUCUUUAACAACUGGUCAUUAUACAUCAUACGUCAAGAAACAAUCUAAUUGGUAUUACUUUGAUGAUACAAAAUUUACAAAAGUUUCAUCAAAUCAAGUAUUAAACAAAAAUGCAUAUUGUUUAUUCUUUCAAAGAAUGUAA